CCAAGCUCAGCCUGAAAACAGCAAACGACUGGAGUGUGACACUUGGCGAUGACAUUCUCUUUACGAUCGCUUCCAUGUUCCGGAAGCUUCUUUACAAUGGCACGAUGAAAUGCACCUCCUCCAAAUAAUUCUCACGAACCCUACCUCCCUGAAAAUCCCCAAAACUCUUUCAAUCUUCGAUCAAUCAAAAUCAGUGUGUUUAAAUUUAUAGUUAGCGGCAAGAACGAAACAAACGAUGUCUCACUUUGGCCGAUCAGGACCGCCGGAUAUUUCCGACACCUACUCUCUCCUCAUUCUUAACAUUAGUUUCCGGACGACGGCUGACGAUCUGUUCCCGCUUUUUGAUAAGUACGGAAAGGUUGUUGACAUUUUCAUCCCCAAAGAUCGAAGGACUGGUGAUUCCCGUGGCUUUGCGUUCGUUCGUUACAAGUAUGCAGAUGAAGCAGAGAAGGCAGUAGAUAGGCUGGACGGAAGAGAAGUUGAUGGCCGAGAAAUCACAGUUCAGUUUGCUAAAUACGGACCCAAUGCAGAAAGGAUUCAUAGAGGAAGGGUGAUUGAGAAGUCUCCCAGGGGUAGAGGCAGGUCCAGAAGUCGUAGUCCUAGACAAAGAUACCAUGAUGAUGAUUAUUAUAGGGACAGGGACAGGGAGUACAGGAGAAAAAGGUAUGAUGAUAUUGAUGAUAGUAGGGAAAGGGGUUGCAGGUACCAUGGAAGAAGCAGGAGUCGUAGCUAUACCCCUCACAAUCACAACAGGAGUCGUUAUGAUGAUGAGUAUUUCAGAAGGAGUCAGUCUACUGAAAGCCCUGGUCCCCACACCCGUUCACCAAGCCAUAGUCUUGAUUCAAGGAGCCCAUCACCACCACCACCACCGCGUGUUCAUGAUGAGGAGUGAUAGGUGAUAAAAGGUGUCCUCUUUUGAAUGCAUGCAUGUUGGUGGAUUUUUGGUAGGAAGGAUCGGAUCCCUCCAUGAUUAUAGUGAUCUGUAGGAGUUAAGAUCGGGAAAAGAAUAAAGAAAGAUAGUUUGGGGUCGAUGGCUAUGAUGAUGAAAAAUGUUACCUGUUGUUCCUUCUGGGGUAUAAUCUCUAGAUUGAGACCAAUGGCUGUGAUGAUGAUGACGAUGAUGAUAUUGUGACCUGUUGAUGCAGUCAGUGAAUAGUCUGUAGAAUGCUCUUUUUGCAGGGCAUACCAUGCCUGCGCUUCUUCACGUUUAAUCAAUAAUUCUGUCUAGUGAUUAAAGUAAUGAAACAUUAUACUUUCUUUCACUGUUUAAAACAACCAUUUUUUGCCUGGUUUUUGUACAGAAAAACACAAUGUACAUUCACCGUUUUAUCGAUGGAGUGUUAUCUAUACUACUUUAUAAUGCAU